GGUCUGUUUUUCGCGCUCACAGGUUUCAACGUACGAACCAUUCAUCCAUUUAUUUUCUUUUAGCGAUGUCGGCAUUUAUGACAGAAUCGUCAUUCAAGAACUGAUAAAGAACAUGGCCUCUACUGCGCAACUCGAAAGUGUUCAUCAAAGAGAAUUCAAAGUCGUGGUAAUUCACGAAGUUGACAGGCUGACUCGGGAUGCCCAACAUUCCCUUCGAAGAACCAUGGAAAAGUACAUGCAGACAUGUCGUCUUAUUUUAUGUGCUGAGUCGCUUUCCAAGGUAACAUCUGAUCGCAACCUGCGUAGGUCACUACUCCUGGCUGAGGUUGCCCGUGUACAAUAUUAUCCAAUGCAACCAGACCAAUCGAUCCCUCUCCCCGAAUGGCAAACUUUUAUUGCAGAAACCGCGGCGGCCAUUCUUGGAGAACAGAGCCCACGCAGAAUACUGGAUGUUCGGACAAAACUUUACGAACUUCUAGCACAUUGCAUUCCCCCAGACGUUAUAAUGAAGGGCCUCGUGGAUAACCUACUGACUUCUUGUGAUGGAAGCUUAAAACUCGAGUUGGUUCGUUUGGCCGCUAUCCAUGAGCACCGGCUCCAACUGGGACAAAAGGCUAUCUUCCAUCUAGAGGCCUUCGUUAUAGCUUUUAUGGCAAUAUACAAGCGAUUUGUCGAAGACGCCCUCGGUGGAACUGAGUGGUAG